AUGGCGUUCAGCGGUGCCAAACUUGUGGAUACCUCUGACAGUUCUUUUUCUUUGAAACGCGUUAGGCAGCCGACAGGCGGGCGGGCAAGAAACGGACGGACGCGGCGCCAGGCUACGCACCGUCACGCUUCUGGAAAGUCAGCCGAUGAGGCACCUUGCGAACCUUCGGAAGAGAGCAGCGAGUGUCCGCUCUGCCUUGAGGAACUGGAUGCCGCAGAGAAAGCAUUCUUUCCUUGCGCGUGCGGGUAUCAAGUGUGCCUGUGGUGCCUGAGUCGCCUUCGCACAGCGUGCGAGGAGGGCCAGGUCCCCCGGUGCCCCGCGUGCCGGACGCCGUACGACGAGAGCCGCUUUCAACUCCGCGAGGAGCUUAGUGAUGAACGUCUUGCAGAGAAGGAACGACUACGUGAAAUAAACAGGCGCAAAAAGGAGCGACAGCUUCGCCAAGAACAGCUAGAGAGGGAACGUCAGGAGCAGCGGGAGUACGAGCUCGCCAAGCGGAUACGAACAAUGCGUCAGACCUUUAUCGUGCAGCGGAACUUGAUCUGCAUUCGUGGAUUGCACCAAUCUCUCUGGUCCGAGCACACAAUUCGGCGCUCGGACAUGUUCGGAAAGACGGGGAGAAUCCAACGAGUUCUCUUUGUCCAGGGAACUGGCGUCUAUGUGGAGUAUGCAGAUGAGGCGGCAGCCACCCGCGCAAUACAGCUUUACGACGGGGCGCGCUGGCAAGGCCAUGAAGUGCACGUCUCCUAUGGCACGGUGCGCUAUUGUGAGGCAUUUGUCCAGGCCUGUGAGCAAUACCUGAAAACAUUCGUUGAAUGGAAACAGAGCCAGAUUGAGUCUGCACAAUGGACAUCUGGACGGAACCCGUCAAUAAGGCCACUCGAUGCAAGCGAUACGGUAGCGGUUGCAUUCGCCGGCGCAAAGGUCAUAUCUCGAAAGCGGGCAUCCAACGGCGCAAAACCGCCGCAGCCACCGACCCAGAAACGCUGCGUGGAUCCCGCGUGUUUAUACCGACAUGAGUUUGCCUCCAACACAGAUGCCAUAUCCCGGGAGGCUUUUCUCCAGAGUAGGUACGGGCCUCCACCACCGUUGCAUGCGUUUCGAUCCGCGACCUGUACGCAGACGAAGAAGCCCUGCUCCAACGCGACGCUGCAGCCGCUCUCUGAUAUCGAUGCGAGGCAGGACGCAGGGAGUAUCUCGGGUGCCGAGGCGGGUCCAAAUGAGGACGACUUCGUCUUUGACGAGUUCGCCUCUCCCAAGAUUAGUGCAGCAAGAGAGAACGAUCUGUUUAAGCUUGGAUGCAUCUGGGGAAGCAGUUCGCCCUUGUCGUGGCAUGCGGAGCCCGGCCUGGGGACGCGCGCGGCCUCAGAACGCUCAACAAGGCUUGUGGGUGAUGCAGCCGAAGGGGCACCGCCUCAAGCAUCAGGGGCUAUGGUCAACGCAUGGCGUUCUUUUGACGAAUACGAGCGUAUUUCUUUGUCAGAACGUGACGCUACAGGUAAUCGUACAGCGCUACACCCAGAGGUCGAACCGUUGACACAGCAGGCGUUCAUCUCCUGGGACCCGGCAAUUCAAAUGGCAAGCGGCGCGAUUAGGCGCUCUUGUUCUGUCUCUCUCGGUGCUGUUGGCGAACGAAGGAAACCAGCGACGGGGAACCCAUGCUUGCCCGAUAACUCACCGAUCUCACAUUCGGUGUCGUCAGGGCGCUCGGUAUCCAUUGCGGAUCCGCACUGGAGCGUCACCGAGGAUCCCUUCGCGCAGCUGACGAAAGCGUUUGCCCAGAUCGGUGUAACGAACGUACGAAUCGAGAACAGCUAUCACGUUGGGGAUACCGGUGCUCCGCUCUGGACGGAGGAGACUCGGGGCGGCUCGAUCUGGAAGUCGCCGCGCUGGCGGAGCUCUAGCGUAUCGGCUUCUUUGACGGCCUUGCAAGACCUUGGCUGGCGGCCCCUAGACGCGAAUACGAACUUAGCGGAUAGCUGA